CAUUCUUAAAUAGAAACACAACCUUGAAAUUUGUUUCUUUAAGUUUGUUGCACUUAAUUUACAGAAAUCUCCUUCUCUAUUUCCAACUUUCUUGUCUGGUGAAUUUGGACAAGUUUUGGUCUCUAUAGUUUCUUACAAGUUAGUUUGAGAGCGAGGGCAAUGAUGGUAAACGCUACAUUUUGUCCAUUUUGCAUUAUACUUUCUGUGAAAGUAUUCUUUUGUGCUAACUGUCAUCACUGAUAUUGCUAAAUUAAUUCUUAUAGUCCUCACUGCAUAAGAUUUGGAAUGAUAGUAAUCCAACUAUAGCAGCAAAUUAGACAAGUUGAUUCUUUGGCUCUUUGUUUUUGUCAUUUGUUUGGUCUUUUUCACAUAUGGUAUCUUAACAUCUGAAAGUGAACAAUUAAUCAGCAUCUUUUGAUUUCAGAAGAGUACUUCAAAUUCUCAAAUAAGUUUACUUUGUAGUUAAAUUACCUGUUUCUCUGUUUCAAAUGGUUUUCUAUCACAGCCAAGUUUCUUGCAGUUGAUCAAAGGAGUCUCGGGUGGUGAUGAUUCUCUCUAUGGAAUUCUAUGAGUUGGAGAUGUAUGAUACAGCCAGUACAUCAAAUAAACCUUUGAAUAAAUAUGAUUUGGCUGAUGAAAAUUUUAAAUCAAGAGAUACCUUGCAUUCACUGGUGCAAUCUUCUUUUAGUUGUAGACACAAACCUGAAUCUUUGGCAAAAGAUUUGCUUCAUCAUAAGCAUCGCAUGUGGCAGCAGAACAAGUCAGCCCUGACGGGUGCCAAAACUUUGCGCGAUCCUUAUCUAAGUAUGGCGGCGAGAGGCAGUCAAGUGGGGAAGGAUUCAUUCAAGUCGCGAAUUAUUAAACCAUGUUGUGUAUGCCAACUAGAGAAGAAGCCUCAAUCUCCUCCUAAUGAAAGUGUCUGUAUUUCUUCGAGUAAUGUUACUCCAGAAAGAGCAGAGACAACAAAAAAGAGGCGGAUCACGUGGACUCAGGAUCUCCACGAGCAAUUUUGUGAAUGUGUUAAUCGACUUGGAGGAGCCAAAAAGGCAACACCAAAGGCAAUCCUUAAGCUGAUGAACUGUUACGAAUUGAGCAUUUCAAAUAUUAAAAGUCACUUGCAGAAAUAUCGUGUUACCUGUGAUGUAACGAUAUCCCCCAAAGAUGCAGUUUUAACUGAAGGAUCACCUCAUAGAAGUUCAUUUCCAGCGCAUGGUCCAGAAACGUAUCCGCAAAUAUUGGAGGCUCUGAAACUGCAAAUAAGCGUCCAGCAGAGCCUAUAUGAACAACUUGAGAUUCAGAGAAGCUUACAAUUGCGGAUUGAAGAACAAGCAAAGCAACUCAGGGCAAUGUUUGAUCGCCAAGCAGAAACUAACAAACAUUUCCAACAUAGCGCUUAAAUUGUCCGUCGCCUAUGUUUAGAAGAAGAACAACUUAUGAUUGACAAUAAGCAACUUCAUCUUAGGAUUCCCCAAAACUGUGUCUGGUGUUUAUAUGGAUUUUUCUCUGCCUAUGAA